AUGCAUAGCAACAUCAUCAACUUCCGGUUGACAAGUGAAGAGCUAAGCCAUAUUCAGGUUGACCAGUACUUUGUCACUUACACUAUUGAGCCCAUGCUUGAGUUGCUGUGGAUCGAGGAGAUCGCACACGAGGACACCAGCUAUAAAGUCCUCUUCCCUAUCACAACACCUCCGAUGGCCAGGCCUCCACACACACCCUUAGACACAGUUCCUGAGCAGGCAGUGUUUGUGCUUGAGUUGGGGACCUUCAACCUUGAUGUGGAGCUGCUGAACAUCACCUUUCCCACCAUGGUGCUAACUGUUGCAGAGUACAACACCUUGAAGACCUUCAGGAUGGAGGUGCCCUUCUCAGACCCGGUGGUCUUUAAGGAGGUGUGUUCCUUGCCACCCUCAGUCACUGGCAACUGUGAUCAGGGGAACUUCCACAUCACUGUGGACUACAGGAACCAAGAGCCCUUUUUUGUGGUCUUGGUUGGCAAGCGGCUGCUUAACCACGAGUUUGCUCAACAGUAUUUAACAGCGGGCGACACAGACUUCACCAUCACGUUGCCCUUCUCUUCCCCGGACGCAGUGUUUGAGUCCGUUCACUCGUCCUCUGUCAGGAGCAGACUGGAUGUGGCUCUGAAUCCUUACAACAACAUGACCAUCAAAUACUUUUCCCUGGCUUGCAGCUUCCUCAAAACGCUGACUGAGUGUUUCUCUAACGGAACGAUGACUGCGCUGGCGGUGAAGGUGGAGUCUGCUCCCGGUCUGAACCCCGGUCAGCUGACCCUGAGCGACCCCGCCUGUGGUCCCACAUACAGUGACGCUCGCUUCGCCUACUUCCACUUCACUGUGAACUCCUGUGGCACCAUCAGGAAGUUUAUCAACAAUGUCAUGCUGUAUGAGAACAAAAUCUCCUUGCCAGAUGAACUUGAGGUGAAGCUGAAUGCCACGAAGUCUUCAGAGGAGGAAUAUCAGUUAAAGGUUUCCUGCUACUAUGUGGCCAACAUCACUCGCACAUUGGCCUUCCUGACCAGGCCGCGUGACAACGAGCCUUUUGCUGAGACUGGGACGGGUCGACUAAUGGUCAGAAUGAGACUCGCUCAGGACGCGUCGUAUAACACGCUCCACCAGGAGGAGGACUAUCCAGUGGUGAGGUACCUGAGACGGCCUCUGCACUUUGAGGUGGAGCUGACCACGUCCUCUGAUCCCAAGGUAGCGCUGGUGCUUGACCACUGCUGGGCCACCCUCAACGAGGACCGUGACUCCCGACCCCGGUGGAAUCUCAUCAUUAAUGGCUAACAUGUUGUUUUUGGGCCUAAACAAGUGUUAUUCCACAGAUGUGGUUCCUGAGUAAUUAGCAACCUAUCAUGCUUGGCAGGCCAUUUACCUUGGCUACCGUGGCUAUGCCCCCAUCCAUAGGUUGAGUGGUCAAAAUGCUUAAAAACGAUGUGAGCCAUGUGGAGUCUGUCACCAGAUCUCCACCCAAUUUAACA